CAAUGCUGAAGUGAAACUGCCAAAACAACGUCUGCUCCAGCUGAGACAGCAAUAAAGCGGCAGAGACCACAACCGCGAUCCUGACUCUGCCUCUGUAUUACAUGUAAUAACUGUCUCUAAAACUGAAGGCAGCGGUCGCGUGACACCGUUACCCGGAAGCAAAUCUGUUCCAGGUAGAGGUCCGAGAGGGCUGAGCGGACGCUGCACACGGACUCCAGCACCACGGAGGGUUCGUUUUUAUUGGACUUCAGCGUCAUCGUUCUCCCGUUGAACCCGACGUGCCCCCGCUCAAGGUCCGCAAGAGGCAGGGCGAGAAACUGCUGCGACAGAGGAAACGGAUGAUAAGACGAAGGUUUCUCCGGUCAAAGUCCGGGGUCCUGGUCCGCCGCAGGUGAAGCGCCUGAGAUUAUGCUCGGGUGUCACCGCUGACAAAGCAAGUAAACAUGCUGCUGCUGGUGCUGAGGGGCUGGCACGAGAUGCGUUCACGGACCGCCCACAAGAUCCAAAACCCCACCGCUCAUGUUACGAUAGCAUUUACAUAAAACAACAAAAAAAAACAUUUCUCACUCCUAUUGUCACGUAAAAACAAGUAGAUUAAGUGUUUUAAUGUAAUCAUAUUUAUUGUUUCAGCACAGUUCAGCUUUUUUUUCUAAUAAGACUCCUCUCAAACGUUACAUGAAAUAAACAAAAGCAUUGAAACGUAAAGUAUUAUAAUUUGCCAAAUUUCAACACGACUAAAUUAUGUGUCCGUGGCCAGCACUACUGUAUGUUAAUAUAAAAUAAAUGUGACUGUUAUUAAGCCUUCUUACAUUGUGCUAUGCAAAAGAAUAAACAUGCCAACACUAAAUACUAAUUUAAUAGUAUAUUUUCAUUUGUGUCAAGGGAUAUAUCCCUGCAAGGAAAACCAAAUAUCAAAUUGCAUUUUCAAAAGAAAGUCCAGCCAAGACAAGGAUGCUAGGUUUCAUUCAGUCACUAACGUAACGCAUUCGUUAACUUAACUACUGAACAGCUAUAUACUUGUACACAGAGCAUUUGGUGUGACAAACGGCCAUCUAAAGUGUGGAAGACGCUUAAGUAGAAAGUCUUCAGAAUUCCGGCAAUUUUUGAACGCAUCAAUACUGCGGCGGUCCCGAUUUCAGAUGACGAGAAACCAGGAAGUAGCUGCAUCUGCAGCGACCUUAACCAAACAGCAACCACUGAAAGAUCGUACUUGCAAAUACACUACUGCGGUAAAUGUUUAUGAGCCUCAUCACCUGUGUGUAAUUAAAAUAAUAAAAAUAAUAGUGGUAUUACUUUAUAAUUACCGUGAUGCUAUUCAGUAAUAACACAAUAGCAUUAUCUUAUCUACAAGCAAAUUGUUAUUUAAAUCAGAAACCGUUGGACAGUCAAUCAGAUAGUGAAUGAUUGUUGUGUAACACAUGAGCAUCAUAUCGACACUGCAAUUGCAUUGAUAGUUGUAAUGCAAGGGCAAGGAUUUAUUUGCAUGGAUGUAUUUCAAAAGGUGUUCAAACGUGUUCAAACUGCUGACUCUUCAAAAGCGGGUUUCACAGAGCAAUUCAAAAUCUGGAUCAGGGUAUCCACUGAGACAAAGUUUUACCUUCUUUUGUUUACAAAUGGAGGUCAUUCGCAAUAUUAGCAAAUGACCUUGAAGAAGUUUCAGCAAAUAUCAGAUGUUUUCAUUUUAAUAGUCCAAAAAGAGAACCACUGCCAAUGCAUAAUAAAUCAACCAGUCUACAUAUGAAGCUUACUGUACCAUCCAAAAGGGUCUUACAAUUCCACAUAAAAAGGGAAGCUAGGGAAGGCAGCAUAAUGUCUAAAUUAUAUAUGUUUUCAGUGUUGGUCUGGAAAAAGUAUUGAUGCUGAGAAGAAACUAGAAUCCUUAUCCAAAAAAAACGUGUUUGUGCACAACACAAAACAAUGUUCAGUUGAAUUGUUCAUACAUCCCUUUAUUUCUUCUAGCAUGUUGCACUUCCUGUCACAUGGGAUUAAACAUUGCUAUAAACAUGAAUGGAGUGAGAGAUAAGAUUGCUAUAUCUCAUCAUGAUUUUAACUCAUAAUGGACACCACUGAAGUAAGACACACUAAAGUAAAUGUGAUAAGUCAUUAAUAUGUGCUAACUAUUUUGUCUUUAUGGUAGAAAUAUGAUUGUCAUGUGAAGAAAGACACUCCUGUCGCUCCUCCCUGUUUCUCCCUGUGAGUGAAGUGCUGCCCUCCUCUUUGCUUGGUGAUGAGAUGAGGUGACAGUCCCUUGUUUUGAUUCACUCACUCAAUACAGGAGGAAAUUCCCUUUCAUCAUCCCACGUAUCCACAACAUUCAAACGUUCGCCAUUCGACUUUCUUAUUUCUUUGUAUUAUUUUCAACAGUUCCCAUGAUUCAUGUUUUUUUAUAACUUAAUUCUAAACAGGAACCCCGCAGACAUUCUUUUCGGUGCAGUAACCAGCCUGUGAACAGGAACAUGACUCACACAGAGAAGGAGGAAUUGUUCUCUAUCACUGCACAAUGUGAUGUCUAAUCACGCUAAGAGAAGUAAAAAUAACGUGUGAGAGAUGUUCAUGUCCAAAUAUGGUUGUGGAAGUUAUGUGACAGAAUAGUGACUCCACAUCCAAGGACAGCACACAGAUAGCACAGCAGAUGGAAAUGUAAAAACUCACAGUAAAAUCACUAGACAAUCCUUAUCUAGUUAACCCUGACUGAACCAGCCAUAUUCUAAAUUCUUUAUGUGACAUCAUCAGACAUUUGGGAAUAACAUUCCUUUAUAAUUUGAAUUAAAGGCACGUCCAACAGGAGUCAUAGUUCACCAUGAUCGAGUCCAAAGAAGCAUCCAUAUUAGCCAUCAAACCUCAUAUGGAUAUAUUUUGACUGGAAGUGGCUCAUUCAUGAAAGAAUUAUUGGUGUUGAUGCGCUUUGGGAUUUUCCUUCAGGGGUUGCAGCAGCAAGUCAGCCUCCAACCACCUUAAUCUAUCUUGUCUCGCUGCUUGUCCUGUUUGAAUUUUUAACCUUUCUACUCUCGGGCCCACCUCAAAUGGGACCCAAUUUGUUCUGUAAGAACCGGGCCACAUUCACACUGAUUUAUUACUUUUGAUUUCAUUUGUCUUCAAUAACCAUAUUUCAUCUACGUACACAUAAACAAAACAAAACGUUGUGAAAUGACAUGAAACCAUAUGUCAUGGCAAAUUUAUUUGUCAUUGAAAAGUCCAACCAGCAACAGAAACAAGUGCAAGCCAUAUUCAUCAAAUUUACUAAAGAAAGAAAGAAAAAAUACACUUAGUGCAAACUGUUGAGAAAGUUGGAAAAACUGUAUGUCAUUAAUAUAAUUCUGAGUAAAAUACAUAUAUAAAAAAACGUGGAAAAGUGUAGAUUAAAUAUCGCCAUAAAAUUUUCUUAUCAGUUUUAAAAACUCUUUCAACAGGUUGGCUGAGUAGUUUUACAGGGAUGGCUACUCUAUUAAGCAACACAAAAUAACUACAAAACAAAGACACAUCCAGCUUGAAUUUGAUUAAGUGCACACACAGUGUACGUUACAAUGGUUAAAGGGGAAUGAAUACAAGUGAAGCACGAAUGGGCGGGGUUACACUCGAGCCCCAGUCUUCAGAGCUGCACUGGCCAAGUCGUCGCUAACUGUUGACAGUGUGGGAUCAGUGUUCCUCAAGUGAAGGAGAAUGUUUGGACCAGUCGGUCGACAGCUGCGAGCUGCAGUGAAACCGGCUAAGCUCUGGAAGACGAAGUCACAACCGUUAUGGAGGCACCGGCAGGUCCGCGCUCACGCAGCAUUGGGAAGUUCAGCGGCGCUGCAGCGACAGGACGACUGUCUCGUGCUUCACUACGGAGGGAAACAGAUGAAGUUCAACUACGUGUGGCUGCGGGAUAAUUGUCGAGAUGAGUCUUCAUACAACGUUCAGACGAACCAGAGAAAUCUGGACACCGUCGGCAUCGACCUCAACAUUCGUCCCGAUCAUUCGACGGUGGAGAGGGACCAGCUCAUCCUGACCUGGCCGGGAGGUCACGUGACAAAGUACAGUCUUAGCUGGCUUGCUGACAACAGCUAUGAGGGCAAGAAGAAUGGUUUCAUGCAUCGCCGUAUGCUUUGGAAUGCAGACAUCUAUGAGAGUGCAAAAACUCCCUCUGCAAAGUGGGAGAAGUUCAUGAGCUGUGACGAAGAACUGAAGUUUUUCCUGCAGAACUACCUCACUUAUGGCAUCGCGUUUGUAGAAGGUGUGCCUGCAUCGGUGGAGGCAACACAGGAAGUGGUCCAGAGAGUCAGUCUCAUCAGAGAGACUACAUACGGUCGCAUGUGGAGCUUCACCUCUGAUCUUGCCAGAGGAGACACAGCAUACACUCAGCUGGCUCUGGGCGCCCAUACUGACACGUCAUACCUGCAGGAGCCAUGUGGGAUUCAGGUUUUUCACUGUCUGAGGCACGAUGGAACUGGUGGAAGGAAUCUACUGGUGGAUGGUUUCUACGCUGCUGAAAGACUCAGACAACUCUCACCCAAGAGUUUUGAGCUCCUCACUCGUGUUCACGUCAAGCACGAGCACAUUGAAAGCAAGGAAGGACAUCGGAACCAUCUGACAGGCAUCGGCCCCCUCUUGGAAGUUUACCCCUGGAACAAAGAGCUCUUCAUGAUCCGCUACAACGACUACGAUCGGACGGUGAUCGACUCAGCCCCUCAUGACGUGGUCCAGCAGUGGUACUCUGCGCACCGUCUGCUGGCCACAGAGCUGAGGCGCCCUGAGAACCAGUUGUGGGUGAAGCUCAGUCCUGGACAGGUGAUUUUUGUGGACAACUGGCGCGUGCUGCAUGGUCGAGAGUCCUUCAGUGGUCUGAGGCAGCUGUGUGGGUGUUAUCUGACGCGGGACGACGUUCUCAGCACGGCGCGCUGCUUGGGCCUGCACGCUUGAUCUCAGACUCAUCGAAACUCUUACAGACAAAUCCAUGAAGUUUUUUUUAAUUCACUACAUUUGAAGGUAGUUUGGCCAAUUAACGCAAAAUGAAGAGUCGUGAUAUGAUGUACUUUACGGAAAUCUGUGUGAGUCGCCAUUGUGUGACCAGCAGCGUUCAUGAUUAUGUUGGUUCAAGAAGGAAGUCAAUCAGGAUGUUUACAUGAAUCUACAUGUGUGUACAUGUAGAGCCUCAGAGAAAGCAGAUGGACUCUGUUUGUCCAGGUCUGCUGAAGGCGCUUUCCCAUUCGAUUGUCACAAGUGGUGCGUUCCAUUUGUCCUGGGAACCAGCUCUGCCACCCAGUGGACGUCACUCGACGUCAGAUUUCCCAGUCGGAUGGUAGAGAAUUCUCACCUGUUCCAAUAUGCAAUGUCCAAGAUGGCUUGUUGAAGCUGUUAUUGCAGUCAUUUAUUCAUUUGCAACACCUGCCAGAGAUUCACCAUGGCCCCUUAGACAGUCGGUGUAAGAGCAACACAAUGUUUAACAUGGCUGCUCAGUAUCAACAGUGAGUAGAGCUCCUGCAAUAUUGUGUAUAUUUGACUUUGAGCUUUUUAUUUUUCUAUAUUUUCCCCAAAUUGGUUCACUGCGUUGGACACAUACAUGCAGAAAUGCUUCUGUAGCGUAAUUUUAAAUGUUGCUAACAUUGGCUAUCUAUGUCGAUAUGGUUAACUAGAAAGCACUGAACUCCACUGUGACGUCAUUCCCAGCUUCGAGUUCCGACUUCUGAGGUCACUGGAACGUGCCAAAAGCUCAUCACCCAUGUUUGUAGUUCUUUGUCGUCCUUCUCAGUCCAUCGUAAACCAAGCUUUUCAAGCACAGAGGUCAUUUUGCAAACUUUAAAAUUUUACAAGCAUUUGAAAUUUUAUUCUAAUGCAAGGCUUCUUUCUUGUUUGUGAGAUUUGGUUGCUGAAGGAAAUAAAUGACCUUUAAUCUUACUGCAUUCAUUUUCAGUAAAUAGUUGAAUAACUUAUAAUGUUAUAAUGUUGAGAUAAUGUUGAUAAUUGCAAUGUUGAAUUAUCAGUAAAGACAUUUCUCUGACAGAUUUGCACCUGUUCUUUGAAAUAACUGUAAAUAAUCUACAAUUUUUUUGGAUGCCUCAUAUUCUCCGGCGUUUUUAAAUACCUAAGUGAAAUAAAUGGCUAUUUUUUGAAAAUGUUUUGGGGCAACAACAUAACUUGUGUACAUUGUCUUUUUUUAUUGUGGAAAAACACAUUUUUCAGGAGUGUUUGAAAUCAUGUAUUGUUUCUUUUUUUAUUUCUUUGACUUUCUGCAUGAAAGGACAGUGGAGACUCAUCAAAGUCAUCAUGCAGUAAACAUGCAUCUGUUAAGCACAGUGACAGUGAUGAGUUCUUGCCUUGUCUCGCAAUAUCUCUUAUUGCACUGGAUGUAUCAGUGAAGAUAAGACUUAUGUAUGUAUUAUAUGAGUCAAUUGUGCUGUAGCAGAAGACAUAAAUGUUUAACUGUUACCAUAUGUAGUGGAGUGCACAGUUUAACAUUAACAGAAAGAAAGUAGAAUCAUCCUCAGUCGGCAACUUACACAGGGCACAAUGCAACAGCAAUAAAACAGAUAUGAUUUUAUCAUUUUUCAUAUAUAUUUUAUAUAUGGCUAAGGCUAUGUAUGCUGAAGAAAUGUGUAUAUAUAUGUACACAAGACUUGUCGCAGCUAGGUUGAUAACAACAACAACAAACAUGGAGGAAUCCCUGAACAAAAGCAAACAAAAGCAUGUUUGCUUUUGUUCAGGGAUGUUUUUCGCUCCACAGAAUGUAUUUGAAAUUCUUCUAAAACUGAAAUUCUUAUGCAAAUAUUUUCAAGACAUUAAUCGAGCUUUAGUUUAAAUAAGGUGAUAUAAAAACAUGAAUAUAGCCACCAUCAUGAUUUAUUGUGCUAUUGU